AUGUCGUCUGGAUUUGAUCUCGAUGAAUUUCUUAAAAUGCAACAUCUUAAAACUCAAAUGGAUUAUAAUGUUAUUGUUCAAGUUGGAAAAGAACAUGAUUUUGAGGAAUUUCAUAUGAACUCUGUUUUCUUAAUUUCAACAUCCGAAUAUUUUAAUAAAAUAUUUUCUUCUGGAAAUAUGGUGAAGAAAAAUGGAAAAUAUACUAUUAAGAUAGAAAAUAUUAAUCCCUAUACUUUUAAUUCUAUGUUUAUGUAUAUUUAUACUGGUCAAGUUAAUCUCAAUAAUAAAACCGGAACUGAGCUUUUGGACAUUGUGAUCGCCUCUGACGAAUUGAAGUUGAAACCAUUGACUAAAACUACUGAAGAUUUUAUGAUUGAAAAUCAUCAAGGAUUCUUACGAAUGGAUCCAGUUAAACCUUAUGAAAAAGUUUUACCAAAGGAAUUAGUAGAUGAUAUUUUAAAGUUUCAUACGGUUUCUGGAUAUACACCAACUCUCAAAGUUUUACCGAGACGUCCCAAUUCGCAAAAUUAG